GGAGUUUCCAGAGAUCAGGUAGUACUAAAAAAAAAAGUCAAACUAAUAAAAACCGUUGAAUGACGAGGUGCAUCCAAACUGUAUAUAUACUGUAUAUACAGGGCUUAUUUUAAGGGAAAUUUGCUUUGUUUUCCAUGAAGGGUUUUCUCUAAAGCUAAAAAGGUAAGAAGAUACUGUGGUAACAGAACCUAUUCCUGUCUUGUUAAUCAGUUUAUAGCUUACGUCAGCCAGCUCCAUCUGUCUUUCCGUAAACAGUUAAGAGUCACAGCUUGAAAGAAGCUAAUGCAUUACAAGCAGAUUUCUGGCAAAGAACGUAGACUCUUUGCAUUUUGCACAUGUCAGCCUGAUUAUAAUCCACACUUCUGACUCUCACAGUGAGACAGGAGCUGCACAAUGAGAGAUUUAGAAACUGGAACAUACAGAAAAAGCUUAGUUCAUUGUAGCUGUGAUAUUUGGCUGUUGAACCUUUCAUAUACGAGCCCCAUUGCAGGUAGCAGUGGGUAUAACUAAUCAAUGCGCAUGUCCACUCUCCUGCCUUUGUCUGUAAAUCUGAAGCUACUUAAUCUUGCUGAACACAGGAACAGAGCACAGAAGGAGAGAUUUAAACCAACAUGAGCUUUACCAUCGAAGAGAGGGGCAGGCCAAACACACAGGACUACAGAGUCUUUUUCAAAAACUCAGAUGGCAAAUACAUCUCUCCCUUUCAUGAUGUGCCUAUCUAUGCAAACGAAGCAGAGAACAUUUUUCAUGCCAUUGUGGAAGUUCCAAGAUGGACAAAUGCAAAGAUGGAGAUAGCCACAAAGGAUCCUCUUAAUCCUCUAAAGCAGGAUGUGAAGAAGGGGACCCUUCGUUACGUACCCAAUGUGUUUCCCCACAAAGGUUAUAUCUGGAAUUAUGGGGCUAUUCCACAGACGUGGGAGGAUCCCAACCACAAGGACAGCCACACAGGAUGCUGCGGAGACAAUGAUCCUAUUGAUAUCUGUGACAUUGGAAACCAGGUGUGCUCUCAAGGAGAAAUAAUCAAAGUGAAGGUGUUGGGAACCCUGGCUUUGAUUGAUGAGGGUGAAACUGACUGGAAGGUCAUUGUGAUCAAUACUGAGGACCCAGAUGCAGGCGAUUUUAACAAUAUUGAUGACGUGAAGCGGCUUAAGCCAGGAUAUCUUGAAGCAACUGUCGACUGGUUCAGGCGAUACAAAGUCCCUGAUGGAAAACCUGAAAACGAGUUUGCUUUCAAUGGUGACUUCAAAGACAGGGACUUUGCCAUACAAACAGUGAAGAGUACACAUGAGUUUUGGAAAGCACUGAUAUCUAAUAAGAGCAACGCUGGUGAGUUAAACUGCAUGAACACCAGUGUCUCUGACAGUCCCUUCUGCUGCUCUGCUGCAGAUGCUGAAGCUGUGGUUAAGUCUGCCGGUACUUUUGGACCUGACGAACCAAUUCCAAGCUCAGUCGACAAAUGGUUCUACUAUGAAAACUAAGAAUGUGAAACUUCGCCAGGAACUUGAAAAGAAUCCUUCGACCUGCACAUGUCCAUUACCAAGAUUUGAAGACUCAGUCUAACCCAAGUGUGAACUUGUUUGUUCCCUAAUGACUUGUGGAUGUUAUUCCCAGUUUAGUAAAAUUCUGAUUGUGUGAAAACACCUUCAUGCAUCUUUGGUAAAGAACAGUACUUGUCACAAACAUGACUUCACUAAUAAAUAUCUGUUUGCACAAUA